GGCGCGCGCUUUGUUGCGAGAACGAGGGGGCGAGGUCUUGAGGAGCCGGUCGGCUGAAGCGCGGCGGGCGGGGCGGAGGAUGGAGAUGACUGCGUUCUCGACGACGGUUGGGGCUGCGCGCGAGGCGGCGGCGGAGUAGGCGGUGGGGCGUCAGGCAUGGCGGGGCGGCCCCUCGGCGCUCCCUAGGCGCCGGAGCCAUGGGCGCGCUGAGCAGCCGGGUGCUGCGGCCCGCGGGGCGCGCAGAUCAGCCCGAGCCCACGCCCGGUUCUGGGGGCGCGGCCCGCAGGUCAGAAGCAGGCGAGGAUGCGGCCCACGGCUUCUGUUACUGUCCGGGCGGCCGCAAGCGCAAGCGCAGCAGCGGCACAUUCUGCUACUGCCACCCGGACUCGGAGACAGACGAAGAUGAGGACGAGGGCGACGAGCAGCAGCGGCUGCUGAACACGCCGCGCAGGAAAAAAUUAAAGAGCACAUCUAAGUACAUCUAUCAAACGUUAUUUUUGAAUGGUGAGAACAGUGACAUUAAGAUCUGUGCUCUAGGUGAAGAGUGGAGCUUGCACAAAAUCUAUUUAUGUCAAUCUGGCUACUUUUCUAGUAUGUUCAGUGGUUCUUGGAAAGAAUCCAGCAUGAAUAUUAUUGAAUUGGAGAUUCCUGACCAGAACAUUGAUAUAGAAGCACUGCAGGUUGCAUUUGGAUCACUGUAUCGAGAUGACGUCUUAAUCAAACCCAGCCGUGUCGUCGCCAUUUUGGCUGCAGCUUGCAUGCUGCAGUUGGAUGGUUUAAUACAGCAGUGUGGUGAGACAAUGAAGGAAACAAUUAAUGUGAAAACUGUGUGUGGCUAUUAUACAUCAGCAGGGACCUAUGGAUUAGACUCUGUAAAGAAAAAGUGCCUCGAGUGGCUUCUGAACAACCUGAUGACUCACCAGAGUGUGGAGCUUUUCAAAGAACUCAGUAUAAACGUCAUGAAACAGCUCAUCGGUUCAUCGAACUUAUUUGUGAUGCAAGUGGAGAUGGAUGUGUAUACAGCUCUUAAAAAGUGGAUGUUCCUUCAGCUGGUACCUUCCUGGAAUGGGUCUUUAAAGCAGCUUUUGACAGAAACAGAUGUCUGGUUUUCAAAGUGGAAAAAAGACUUUGAAGGGACGACUUUCCUUGAAACUGAGCAGGGAAAACCGUUUGCGUCCGUGUUCAGACAUUUAAGGCUACAGUACAUUAUCAGUGACCUGGCUUCUGCAAGGAUCAUCGAGCAGGAUUCUCUGGUACCUUCAGAAUGGCUGUCCUCAGUGUAUAAACAGCAGUGGCUGGCCAUGCUCCGUGCUGAACAAGACAGUGAAGUGGGGCCUCAAGAAAUCAAUAAAGAAGAACUUGAGGGAAAUAGCAUGAGGUGUGGUAGAAAGCUUGCCAAAGAUGGCGAAUACUGCUGGCGGUGGACAGGUUUUAAUUUCGGCUUUGACCUCCUUGUGACUUACACCAAUCGGUACAUCAUUUUCAAACGCAAUACACUGAAUCAGCCAUGUAGUGGAUCUGUCAGCUUACAGCCUCGAAGGAGCAUAGCAUUUAGAUUGCGAUUGGCUUCUUUUGACAGUAGUGGAAAACUCAUAUGCAGUAGAGCAACUGGCUACCAAAUACUGACGCUUGAAAAAGACCAGGAACAAGUGGUGAUGAACUUGGACAGCAGGCUUCUGGUCUUCCCUUUGUAUAUCUGCUGUAACUUCUUGUAUAUAUCACCAGAAAAAAGAACUGAAAGUAAUCGUCACCCAGAAAACCCAGGAAACUGAGGCACUCGUCGGUGGGAAGAGGAGCACUUUGAAAACUGUAGGGGCCAGCUUUAACUUACCGGCCUACUGCAUUCACAUCUAAGGUGACUAACAGUGAUGGGCCUUAUGAACUCUAUGGAUGUUGCAGGAGAUGUCCUCAUCCUCAUUACAUUUCUAUGCACAUAUGAAAAAGUAUUUUAAAACUAAGAAAGUAUCUGUCAAACCAUGUAUGUUAAAAGGAUAUCAACUCUCGCUUUAAUUUAGUAGCAGUAGAAAAUUACUAUAGGUAAAUUUCUCAUUUCCUUGCAGCAAAAUACAGAUUUAAUUUUGAGCUUGAAUUUUGACCCUACCUAGUGUUAGUGAACUUGACUUUUUCAUCUGUAAAUGUGUUCCUGUUUUGUUCAGAGAAUGCUAAGGGCAGAGUUAGGAUGACCAAUUGUAACUGCUCCUUAAGUGGGGGCCUUUAAAGCUGUCCUUUAGUUCUCAGUCGCUCGUUGAGUCUUCGGUUCAGUCUGAUGCCUUCCUUCAGUCUCCGCUGCUUUUUCCCAUCAGAGCCUUUUCAUGGUUUGGGGGACUAGGCUUAGGAACUAUUUCUGUUUCGGUUUGAUUUGCUUUUGUUUUUGUUUUUUAAUCUAAAUUUAAGCAUUUUUCAUAUUUUUUGAGACUUUAACUUUCCUACAAUUUUAAAUGACAACAACAGCAAUCAGCUUUAGGACUUGAAUAAACUUGAAUAAGGGAAACUGGUUUGACCCUGAGGAUAUUCCUUCGCCUUAUGUGCGUGGUCUUGUCUGGCAUUCUGUGUUCUUGUUAUGAAUUAUUUAUAUACAAUGCUACAUUUUCAAACAUUUCGUGUUCUACUGGAAUUUAUGUUCAAAUUUUAGUUGGGAAUCUUGUUUCCUACUUGAGCUCAGGACUUUAUAACCUCUGAACUGAGUGCCUUUGAGUCACAUACGCAAACAGAUUUCACGGGGAAAGUACAGGAGGAGCUGGAACAAAACAUUCGUGUUAGAACAACUUAUUUUUGUCAAGAAAGAGAUGUAUGGGUGUCAUGAUUGCUAUGUUGGCUCCUUGUGUUUAUGGCUAUUUUGAAAAUAGCCACUCCCAUUUUCCUCCAGUCAGAGGAAGUGCUUUUAUGGUUGAUGUAUGUUUUUAGUAUUUUUUUAAAAUUGGAAUCAUUUUUAUGUAUCUGUUCAAAUAAAAUGCUCAUUUGGAAAAGGAA